AUGAUUCGUAGUAGAGUGAAUGAAGUCAUAAAACAGUUUGUUUGGACUGAUGUAGUGCUGGCACAGCACAAGCCACUGAUGCGGACAAAGCCUUUGGAAGGACUCGUGUCGUGGAUUCGUCGAAAAGAUUUUCACGUAAUCACAGUGGGCAAAUUUACCUAUACAUCAGACCAACGCUUUCAAGCCGUUCAUAUGGAUAAUAGCGACGACUGGACUCUUCAGAUACGUUACCCUCAGAGAAGAGAUGCAGGAAUUUAUGAGUGCCAGGUAUCAACUCUUCCAAAGAUGAGUUUGUUUGUUGAGCUCAAUUAUACAUUAAUUGCUUAA